AUGGAUGCAGAAUCUGAUAACAAAGGAUCUGCAAAUCCUGCUGAAACUCCUGAUAUUGUGUUACCUUCUUCUACAAACCCUGAACAAAGUGUAAGCAAAAGGCCAGCUCAGGAAGAAUCAGAAACUGAAAAUGCAGCAAAAAAAUCUGACCCCAAUGAAAGUGCAGAUGGUACAUCGGUCACUCAAACAAGUAUCUUUGGUUCUUUCACAAAAGGUUUAGUUGAUUCAUCUUGGAGUGCAGUGAGGGCAGUUCAGCUUAAGGCGCGUCGUAUUGUCUCUCAAAACAAGCGAAGAUACCAGGAGGGAGAAUUUGAUUUGGAUUUGAGUUACAUCACUGACAAUAUAAUUGCAAUGGGUUUUCCUGCUGGUGAUAUGAGUUCUGGCUUCUUUGGCUUUGUUGAGGGGUUUUAUCGAAAUCACAUGGAAGAAGUUAUCAAGUUUUUCGAAACUCAUCACAAGGGGAAGUAUAAAGUAUUUAAUCUCUGCACAGAGAGGCUAUACGAUGCAGCACUAUUUGGCGGAAAGGUUGCAUGUUUCCCAUUUGAUGAUCAUAAUUGCCCUCCUAUUCACCUCAUAUUAUUGUUCUGUCAAAGUGCUUACUCAUGGUUGAAGGAGGAUAUUUUGAACGUGGUGGUUGUUCAUUGUAAAGCUGGCAGGGCAAGAACAGGAUUGAUGAUCUGUAGCCUUCUUCUUUACUUAAAGUUGUUUGCAACAGCUGAGGAAUGCAUUGAUCUUUAUAACCAGAAAAGAGUCGUGGACGGCAAGGGUCUGAUAAAACCGAGCCAGAUUAGAUAUGUAAAGUAUUUUGAGAGAAUCUUAAAAGACUUUGACGGCGAAACCCCACCUGGACGUAGGUGCAUGCUAAGAGGAUUCCGGUUUCACCAGUGCCCUUACUGGGUCAGGCCUUCCAUUACAAUAUCCGAUCAUACCGGAAUUUUAUUUUCAACAAAAAAGCAUCCCAAGACCAAAGACCUCAUGCCAGAUGAUUUCUGGAUUCGUGCAACAUCCAAGGGAGUUGUCGUUUUUGCUCUACCAGGUGAACCCGGGCUAACAGAACUGACAGGAGACUUCAAGAUCCAUUUCCAAGACAGCCAUGGAGAUUUCUCCUGUUGGCUAAAUACAACAAUGAUGAAAAACCGAGAAUUUCUUAAUCCUGAAGAUCUUGAUGGGUUCGACAAGCGGAAAGUACCCAUUCCAGGAUUCCAGGUUGAGAUUGUAAUGAUAGAUUACGAUGGCACACUCCCAGCACGGUACAAAACCAGUAAAUCUGAUGGAACCUCGAGUAACAAGGAUGCAACCCCUUCGAACCAAAGCAAAGCAUUUGAGAACGACGAUGUGUUUUCAGAUAGUGACGGAGAGGAGGCAGCAGCAUCUGGAGGCACCUCUGGGACAGGGGCUGCUGCUAAACCUCAAGAUUCAGCCACCACCGAACAGCAAACUGUAACACAAAGGACCAAACAACCUUCUACGUAUAGCGAUGGUUCGAGGCAUGGCAAGGCUUCAGAUGACGAGAAAGCAGACACGAAGAAAACAGAGUCUUCACGAAUUCCGAACCUUAAUUCUGGUGAUAUCAAGGCAAUUGCUGCUGAUGCUUCAGUGUUCUCAUUUGGAGAUGAGGAAGAUUAUGAAAGUGAGUAAUAAAUGUAUUCCGAGAACUAUGAAUUCAUCAAAUAUUUUCUCAGCAGCUAAAAAUGGAGAAAUACCUAAAGCGUAUGUGAUUGUAACGUUAAACAGAAACUUGUUAGUUUUUUUGUUGUAAGUUUAUCACGUCAUUUGUUGCUACUGUAUUAGCUUCACGUCAAGUUCAUAAAAUAGAGCAGAAAUUAGCU